GGGGUCGGCAAUGGAGCAAGGGGAGGCUGGAUCGCCGCCGCCGGCCGAAGAGAAGGUAGGGAAAGAGGAGGAGGAUGACUUUGGCUACCGGCUCUUCCCGGAACGGAACAAGAAUCCUCAGAGCUUCCUGGUCCGCAGCUUGUUCACCUACCACAACAAGUGCCAGUUGAUGCUGAGGAUGACUCUGGAAACGAAUCCAUAUGCUCAACUUCUUCUUGAGGCUAUGAAGCAGUCUGGUUGCACUGUCUUCAAUGACCGGCACUUUUCUUGUGAAAACUGUGAUGCCUGUGUUGGUGGAGGUUUUGAUUCUGCCACAUCUCAGAUUGUUCUAUGUCAGAACAACAUUCGCCACCAAUCCCAUAUGAACCGGGUGGUCACACAUGAAUUGAUUCAUGCUUUUGAUCACUGCCGUGCACAUGUUGACUGGUUUAAAAAUGUCAAACAUUUAGCGUGUUCAGAGAUUAGAGCUGCUAAUCUCAGUGGGGACUGUACACUGAUGAAUGAAAUAGCAAGGUUUAAAUUUGGAUUGAAAGGACACCAUCAGACGUGUGUACGAGACAGAGCAAUUCGUUCCAUUCUGGCUGUUAGAAAAGUUAGCAGAGAAACAGCAGAAAAAGCUGUGGAUGAAGUUUUUGAUGCCUGCUUCAAUGACCUGGAACCUUUUGGAAGAAUCCCUCACAGUAAAACAGAUGCAAGACGUGCUUUUAGAGACUUUCAGAACAGAGAUCGCUACAAUGCGAAUUUGUAAAGGAAAAAAAAAAGAACCAUGAAAAAUAAUGUUAAUGUCUAUUCUGUAACAUCUGGAGUUACAGUCUGCACACACAGUGCUCGUGAAAAGGGGCAAUUCUAUGAAAUGUAUAGAUUUUUGUAAACUUUUUCCAGGAGCCAACUUCCAUGGAAGUAAACAAAGUAAAUAAGCAAGGAUGAAAACUGUGUUUUGUCACCUCCUAUUCCAGCAUGGUAAUUUAGUACACCAAAUGACUUGUCAAAUAGCUGUCUACACAUUUCAAUGCACAUUUGACUCUGUCUCACUAGGACUUGGUUUCUAAAGUUUUUGUUGUUACUGAAUAAAUCUUUUCAUAAAAUCUU